GUUGCAGUGCCUUUUUCACUUUGUUUGUGACUUCUGAACAUGAAUAGAGCGCCCCUCCCUCCCCCCUCCAAAGAAAAAGGGAGACACAGUCUGCUGGGUUUGAUUUCUGCGUUGGUGGUCGAAUUCUAGAUUUUUAGUAUCUUGCUUGUUUCAUUAAGAAGAAAUGGCAUUCAGGGUUACAUUGAUCCUGAGUCUACCUGUAGCUAGAAUGCAUUUUUUCAGCUAGGACAUUGGGUGACACGCAAGCUGAUCCAUGAUUCUUAUUUUCGAUCUAUUAUUAGCUUGCUCCAUUCAAAUGCAUGUCAGAACAAAUAAGGAUGGAUACGGCCUUCAGUUUUUUUGGCUCCGAGGAUGGUUUCUUUUUUGAGUUUGUGAGUCAUAUUUUUGCCGAUGACCUUGAACCCCUUUUGCUGGAUAGUUUAGAAUUCAGCUCUAACAAAGUUAUCGUGGGACCUUCUUAAAAUACGGUUUAGGAUCAAUUUGUUUUUUUUUUUUUAAAGAUUAAUUAAGCUAAAUAUAUAGCCAUAAAAAAUAUUUAACUAAUCACAAACGAAUUUUUCCAUCUUGGUUUGGCUGACAUUUGGAGCGACCAACUUUUAGUUGUAUUAUCACUUAUUUUGAUUUUAUGCACCCAAGUCGAAGAGUGUUGUUAAUUGAGUUUAAGUUCUUGACAUUUCUGAAUUUCAAAUGAACAAUGAAGUGCCAUUAUGCGGAAGAUAUAUCCUUUACCAUCCUUAAUAGUGAUUGUAUCUCCAUGCGGUAACUGAGACCAAACUAGUUGUAGAUACUUCAAGAGGAGAGACGCUACGUAUCAACUUUGAUGUUACUUUUCCUGCCCUACCUUGUUCAAUACUCAGUCUAGAUGCUAUGGACAUCAGCGGAGAGCAACAUCUAGAUGUAAAACAUGAUAUUGUCAAGAAAAGAUUAGACUCUCAUGGGAAUGUAAUAGAAACAAGGCAGGAAGGGAUUGGUGCCCCCAAGAUUGAGAAGCCUUUGCAAAGACAUGGAGGCAGGCUGGAGCAUAAUGAAACAUAUUGUGGCUCCUGUUAUGGUGCUGAAGUGACAGAUGAGGAUUGUUGCAAUUCCUGUGAGGAAGUUCGCGAAGCUUACCGAAAAAAAGGUUGGGCAAUAUCAAAUCCAGAUUUAAUUGACCAGUGCAAAAGAGAAGGAUUCUUGCAAAGGAUCAAGGAUGAAGAAGGUGAAGGUUGUAAUGUCUAUGGAUUCUUGGAAGUAAAUAAAGUGGCUGGAAAUUUCCAUUUUGCCCCAGGGAAGAGCUUUCAGCAAUCCGGUGUCCACGUGCAUGACCUGCUUGCUUUUCAAAAGGACUCAUUUAAUAUAAGUCACCAAAUUAACAGAUUAACGUUUGGAGAGUAUUUCCCUGGUGUUGUGAAUCCUCUUGAUGGUGUGCAUUGGACCCAACAAACACCGAGUGGAAUGUAUCAGUAUUUUAUAAAGGUUGUGCCGACUGUAUACACUGAUGUGAACGGGCAUGCAAUCCAAUCAAACCAGUUUUCUGUGACAGAACACUUGAGGACUGGAGAUGUAGGGCGUCUUCAGUCCCUUCCUGGAGUUUUCUUCUUCUAUGACCUUUCGCCAAUUAAGGUUACUUUUACUGAAGAACAUAUCUCAUUCUUACACUUCCUCACUAACGUGUGCGCCAUAGUUGGAGGUGUUUUCACGGUCUCUGGAAUACUGGAUUCGUUUGUCUACCAUGGUCAAAAGGCAAUCAAGAAGAAGAUGGAAAUUGGCAAAUUCAGCUGAUAAUUGGUCUAUUGUAGGUUGAACUGGCGUUAUUUGAUUAGUUUCCGCUGAAAGGAUUCCAGGAGAUUGAUCUGUUGGGGAGAAGAUCGGCUAUUGAAUGAAAUUCUCUUUUGGUUUUGCCCGAGUUCUUUCAAAUUCAACGAAAGGUUUUUGCCAAUAGAUCUGUUGUCUGAGGUUAAAAUGCUGGAUCAUACAUGGGCAGCAAAUGCCUCAACAUUCACUUUCUGAAACAGCUUUAAUGAUGUGAAUAUUACAUCUUUAUUCUGGAUUAUAGACGGCCAGAGGAUAAUCAUAUAUGGCAGAAUUAAAUUCCAGAAGGGCUUGAAAUGAAAUCUUGUCAGGGAUAAUGUAAUCAAAACGAGAAUCACUCAACUGAAGAUGACUUUGCUGCUGCGUGUUGUGUUAUGAUACAUACCUUGUCAUGAUUCAUGAGUGGCAUUUCCAA